AUACCAGCUUCAGGAUAUGUACCUGGUGAAAUAGAAGUAAAAUAAAGUCGAAAAAAUAAAAAAACAAUGAUCCCAUUUGCGCAAACUCGGUGAUUUUGGUACAACAAAACGAGAAUCCCGAUGAGCGCAGCAUCAGUUUGCUCCACGAAUUUCUGUGUUACGUUUUUUUUAGAGCAAGUGAUUAUGUAUAUCAUGUAUGUGAUCAAGUGGACAUUCCACAUGUGGACUCUCUAAUUUAUGUCUUUACCGCGGUAUUUUUAAAAUAAAUAAAAUUAUUUGAAACUUGGCUCCAAGUACUUUUUUUAUUUACGAUAACUAAAAAUUUUGCUAUUGAUAAAAAAAUAAUGAGUGGAAGUAAUUAAAAUUUUAUAUUAAAUUAAAUUUGAAAGUAUGACGACACAGGAAUUUUAAUUAUGUUAGAAAAAAAAUUUAUAAUUAUUGUCAAUGUAAAAUAAUAAUUGUAAAAAAAAAAUAAACAAGGGUAGAAAAAAAAGUUUUGAUGGAUAAAUGGGAAUAAAGAUAAAAAAUGAAGAAAAAAAAAUAAAAAUAAUAACAAGGUGAUUUAUAUUCGCAAAAUGAUCAGGAGCUACUUGAAUUGAAUUUAAAUAAAGUGUCGAUAAGAGUUUUUAUAAAGAGGAGCGCUCAAUAAAAUUUAUCUUCUUUACAAAAAGAAAAAAAAAAAAAUAACCAAUCAAGUGCAUGAUGUUUUUGAAUAAUUUAUAGAUAUUAUUUAAAAAUUUUUAUUAGUGCGACACAAUAAAAAUUAUAAUAUUUAAUUUGAAUAAUAAUAAAAAUAAUAAUUAUAAAUAAUGAAGAAUCAGAAACGCCGUAGCCCGAUGAGUGCGCUAAUAAGGAUCUCGAUAAUAUUGCUAUGGAUAUUUUUGAUAUUUUCCGUUUUCUCAUUUACGGAGGGUUACAGCAGUGCAAGGAGUGAUUACAACGGAGCGAACAGCUCAAAACUAAUUAGAAUUGAUGGGGACAUUAUUUUUGGCGGGAUUUUUCCGAUGCACGAACAGAUUGUCGGAUUGAGUGGUGAAUUACCGUGCGGAGCAGUAAAAGAGGAAAAAGGAGUCCAGCGUUUAGAGGCAAUGCUUUUUGCGAUCGAUGAGAUCAAUAGAAAUGACGAGUUGUUACCAAAUACCACCCUCGGAGCACUUAUCCUCGAUUCAUGUAGUAGUGAUACAUAUGCUUUGGAUCAAAGCAUGGAAUUCGUACGUUCCUACAUGAAUCAGGACAUGUCGGAGUAUAAGUGCGAGGAUGGCAAGGCACCUCUUUACGUGCCUCAUAAAUCCGUCACGGGAGUUAUCGGAGCAUCUUUCAGUGUCGUUUCGAUAAUGGUCGCUAACAUAUUAAGACUCUUCAAGAUACCACAAUUGAGCUACGCAUCGACGAGCACAGAGCUCUCGGACAAAAGUCGUUUUGAAUACUUCAGCAGAGUCGUACCACCGGAUAAUUUUCAAGCCCAGGCAAUGGUUGAAGUGGUACACCAGCUCGGAUGGAAGUACGUUUCAACGGUCGCUGUUGAAGGGGAUUACGGGGAAAAAGGAAUAGCUCGCUUCAUUGGUCUCGCGUCAGAGUACAACAUAUGUGUUGCAAUAAGUGAAAAAAUCCUUCGUAACUCACGUGCCGAAGAUUUUGAUAGAAUUAUUGAGCGGCUUGGAUCCAAGCAUAAUGCCAGAGGCGUUAUUUUAUUUGUCGACGAGGAUAACGUCAGAAAACUUUUGCAAGCAACUGUUCGUGCCAACAGAACCGGGCACUUUAUGUGGGUCGGAAGUGACUCGUGGGGCGCAAAAGUUCAUCCGGUACGAGAUCAAGAGUUUGCUGCUGAAGGUGCGAUUACAAUCUUGCCGUUUGGAAAUUCUCUAAGAGAUUUCGAUGAGUACUACAAAAAUCUAAGACCUCGAGUGGGCAACGAAUGCAACGGACAGACGGAAAAAAAUGUUCCCCAUCCGUCAGGGAGUAAGGCGGGCAAGAUGGUUAACUGCCGUAACGUUUGGUUCCGUGAAUUCUGGUCUCAGCACCACAAGUGCCAUUUUAUUGAGUCCAACUCAAACUCUUCAGUAUCUGACUCUGGUUCUAAUUUUAAUUCAAAUUCAAAUUCAAAUUCUGGCGCAAAACGUUGCACUGGCGACGAGGAUCUUGUUGACUACGACCAGGAAGGUCUCGUUCCAUUUGUAGUUGACGCGGUGUACGCGAUGGCUCACGCAGUGCACAACAUCAUUAACGACGAGUGUGUUAAGAGUCGCGGAACGGUGCACCAUCUGUGCGAGACUCUUGCUCCAGCUCCCCCGGGUCAACACCUUCUCCACUACAUCCGCAACGUCAGCUUCACGGGUCGUCAGGGCACCGAAAUAAGAUUCAACGGGGACGGCGACGCCUUUGGUUUCUAUAAUAUCUAUCAGUAUCAACGCACAGAUGAAAAUCGCUACGACUACAUGCUCAUUGGCUCGUGGAAGGAAAUACUGAAUCUGGAUAUAAACAUGACUAGGUGGAAUGGUGGAUCUGGUGAUGUUAAUAUUCCGCAGAGCGCUUGCAGUAGCGACUGCCCGGUUGGAUAUGUCCGCAAUUUUCAAGACAUGUGCUGCUGGAGCUGCAUGCGGUGCCCGGACAAUGCCUACGUCUUUAACGAUUCGUGUCGUAACUGCGAGCCCGGGUGGGCGCCUGACAACAUCUCAAAGUCACGAUGUAUCAAAAUACCUGCUGAGAUAAUAACCUGGGCAAGUCCGUGGGCUAUAGUGCCUCUAAGUUUUGCAAGUAUUGGCAUAUUAAUUACACUCUUUACGAUAAUUAUAUUUGUAAGAUUCAAUCACACCCCGGUAAUUAUGGCCUCGGGACGUGAAUUGUGCUACGUACUCCUCGUUGGGAUACUCUUGUGCUACGGAAUGAGUUUCGUUAUUCUAGGAGAACCAACACGAUGGAACUGUACAUAUCUACGUAUAGGACUGGGUCUCUGUCUGAGUAUUUGCUACAGCGCUAUCUUAACUAAAACAAAUCGUAUAUCAAGGAUUUUUACUCAAGGAAAAAAAUGCCUGAAACGGCCUUCUUACACUUCUCCCAAGAGUCAAAUUGCUAUUUCUCUCGGUAUCACAUCACUCCAACUAAUUGGUACGAUAGUCUGGCUAAUAAUCGAACCGCCAGAUAUAAAAGAAAUUCAUCCGAGUCCAUUAACAGCAGUUCUAACUUGCCGUGUGUCAACAUUCUCACUGAUGAUGUCCUUAGUUUACAAUAUGGUGCUGAUAUUAAUGUGCACACUUUACGCCUUCAAGACACGUAAAAUACCAGCCAACUUUAAUGAAGCUAAAUACAUUGGAUUUACAAUGUAUUCCACGUGCAUCGUUUGGCUCGCCUUUGUUCCCAUAUACUUUAGCACUUAUAACGAUUACACGAUUCAAAUCGCCAGCAUGUGCAUGUGCAUCAAUAUAUCAGCGACUGUCGUGCUGGGUUGUCUUUUUAUACCAAAAGUUUACUUGGUGCUGUUCCAACCGAACAAAAAUGUAAGAUCUGGUCACACGAACACUGUGAGCGCCGGUGGAGGUGCUCCUGGUGGUGCCGGUGGAGGUUCCCACGCGGCUGGUAAUGCUCAAAACAGCUCGUCGACACAGUCCGGGUUGAGGUCGACUUACAGUAUGAGAUUCGUGGCAUCGAGGAGCCAGACGAUGCAAAGUGUCACUUCCUGUUCGCGCAGCAGUCCGGUUAAUCAGAGUAGUAGUCUGGCUGGUGAUAACGACGACAGUAGUAGUAUUAAUAAACCUGUGACAACGGUAUCAGCAUCAACAGAGGCAGCAGCAGUAGCAGCAGCAGCAGCUAAUGGCGGUGACGCUCAAAUUAGUCCUUCAUGUGAGGAAACUUUUUUAAGCUAAAUUUAUUUUUUAUGUUUAUUAGAUAGAUUAGUUUUUAUUAAUAAUAAGGAAAACGAUGGACGAAAACAAAGUCUCAAUAUUAAAAGUAAUUGAUAAAUAUAUAAGAUAUACAAAUAGUAGAAAAUAUUAUUAUUAAUAUAGGGGAAGGGGUAGGAGGCAAAAUGGGCCGUGGAAAAUUUUUUUUUCCUCAAAUAAUUAUUCAAUAUCAAUAAGACCCGCGAUAAAAAAAUUUUUAAUAGGGGUAAAAUGAGCCAGGUAAAAAAAAUUAAACUAAAAAUUCCAUUGAAAAUUUUGAUUAAAUUUGCGUCAAAAAUUCAGUGGCUUAUUUUACCCUCGUAAUUUUAAUUUAUAAAAAAUUAAAGCCGGUCCAUUUUGCCCUGGCUUCCUAAAUUUUGUGUGAAUGUUAACGCUGUUUAUUAUUUAAUCUGUACGUAACGUUUUAAAUGUUUCAAGGGAUCCGUCCACUCGUUAUUUCUUCAAAACGCUAUUAUAUAUAAAUAUAUAAGAACAUAUUACAUCGUGUGUAAUUAAAAUUAGAUAAUCAAAGCAACUAAAUCAUAAUCAAAUUAUAAUCUUCAGUUGCUUUAUUCCAACUGUAUUAUAUUGUCUUCCAUGAUGCGUGACAUUUCAAUUGAAAUAGAAACAGUAUUUAUUACUAUAUUAUUAUAUUUAAUUAUAUUAUAUUAUAUAUGUAUAUUUAAAUUAAGUAACAUCAAUAUCAUUGUUAUAGCAGUUACUUCAUAUAUUCUAUUAAUGAUUUUAUUUAUAAUUAAUUAAAUUUCUAUAAAUUAUUAUCAAUGAAUAUAUAUUAAAUAUAUAUACUCAUUUAUUAUUAAAUUACUAAUAUCCGAAUGCUGGUACAAAUAAAUAACAUACCGCGAAAUUCAAAUUUUUUAUAUAAAUUUUUAAAAGUCUUAUAAAAAUAGUUAAGUAUAUAUCAAAAUUAUCUCUCCCCUCUCUCUUAUACACAGAAAAUUUAUUAUUACGUCAAAUAAUAAAUAAAUCAUUUAUUUUUUAUUUAAUACGAAAAAUAUAUACACUUACACGUGUUUUUAUUUUGUUAUUUUAAAUAAUUAAUUGUUAUUUAUUUAUUUAAUUAUUUAAUAACAAAAAUUAAUAUCUACGGUUUGCUGUAUCGUCCUCGCUGGCGAUCCUGGCGCCCGUAAUAUUCAGUAAAAAUGAGUUUGCACAAAAACAUGUGGAAUACUACUAUUAGAAAACAUAUACUGACCCAGAAGAAUGUGGGCAGACCGCCGAGUUGGUGCCCGUGCUUAUGGAGAGCCAUCACGUGGUGAUCGUGAGCGGGUGCUAGAAAGUUAACUUUAAUUAGUAACAUAAAUAACAAUUAAUAUUGUAUUAUAUUUACUAUUACUGAUAUUAUCAACUGUAGUAGUUGCAGUAAUAACACUAACGAUAAUGGUACUGUAAUAAUAAUGAUAAUAAUAAAUUGUAAUGUACCCUCUUCAACUUGAUGUACAUGCAGGACAUUACGAAGGUCCUGCAUAUGCUGGUAGUCGGAAGUAAUAUAUAAUAUAGACGUUAGUGGUUUUGUUAAUUUAACUGGAAAAUUUGUAUAAGACUGACUAAGAAGUACUGGUGAAUCUAAACAACCAGCAUCACAAGCGUAAUAGUCGCUGUCGCUACGAUCCAACGCGACACUCAAUACUGCACGAUUGUCAGUACCAACAGUCACUGAUAUAUUUACGUGCGUAAUAUUACCGUAAUUAAUUCGUCU